AUGGCUACGUUGGUAAUGCCGCCUCAGUCUGGCCCCAACUCGUUGCCAAAGAGGUCAACACCGAGUAUUCUCGAAGAAGUCGCCGCCUCGCAAGACCAUCUUCGCAGUCGCCUGGCCGGCGCUCUGACCCAGCCACCACCCAAUGUUCCUCCAGACUCGUUACCUUCGGUGCCAUUGAUCGACAUCGGUGCGUCGUUUUCGGGUGAUGAUCAAGCCAAAGCGGCCAUCGCGCAACAGAUCCGCGAAGCGUGCGUGAGUACGGGGUUCUUCCAGAUCAGCCACCACGGCAUCUCGGCCGAAGCCAUGUCCGGGGUGUUGAGGCAGGCGGAACGAUUCUUCCACGACCUGUCGCCGGAACAGAAGCACGAGCUGCACGUCAAGAACUCACCCUUGUUCCGCGGGUACGAGCCGGCCGAUUUCAGCUACGUCAACCCGGACGACAUGGGCAAGGACGGAUCGGGCCACGCGCAUCAGCAGGAAACCAAGGAGGGCUUCAACUGGGGAUACGAGCCGGGGCUGGACCCCACGGGCGGCGACGGGAAGUACGUCGAGCUGGACGGCCAGUCUCUCACGGCGGCAGCAGCAGCAGCGACCACAGGCUCGGGCAACCUCUGGCCCUCCGAGGCCAGUCUACCGGGCUUCUACGACGCCGUCAAGCUCUACUACGGCCAGGUGCUGCAGCUCGCCCGACAUCUGUUCCGACUGUUCGCCCUGUCCCUGGGUCUGGAGGAAGCGUAUUUUGACCCCGUCAUCACACACCCGGGCGGCAUCGCCCGGCUGCUCUACUACAAGAGCCAACCUGCCACUGCCACUGCUGCUGCUGCUGCCGACGCAGCCACAAACGGCGCGCUCAGGGAGGGCGAGGGCGAGGCCGAGGGCAACUCCAAACUAGGUCUCGGCGCCCAUACGGACUACGAAUGCUUCACGCUGCUGCUCAGUUCCAGCAAUCCGGGCCUGGAAAUCCUGUUCCCGCCCUCCCCGCUCACCGACGACAAGCCGGUCUGGCUUCCUUGCCCCGUCCGGCCCGGCACGUUGACGGUCAAUGUCGCCGAUUUCCUCAUGCGCUGGACCAACGGGCUGUACAAGUCCACCAUCCACCGAGUGGUCAGCCGGCCGGGCAGUGGGGAGAGGUAUUCCGUGCCGUUCUUCUUCAGCAUCAACUACGAUGCCGACGUCGAGGCCUUGCCCGAGGAAGUCGUGGGCAAGAGCAUCUAUCGCCCGAUGAAGGCGGGGGAGUACGUCCUUGAGAGACUGAGGGCAACGACGACGACGACGACGACGACGACGACGCCGACGACGCCGAUGUGA